AUGCCAAGCCCGGCUGUUCCGCGGGCACCUCGACACAAAGGGCCGUCUCCAGCCCAGUCCAAGCAGCCUUCAGGAGCGCCAGGAGUCUCAAGGCUCACAAAGCAGCAGCCCAUGGGCCCCAUAACCCCACCCCCUCCAUCCAGCAGCCCACAUGCGCCCGGCAGCACGCCGGCCAAGGACAGGACGUCCCAGCGCCGCGUCCUCCACGACCCUCGGUCCUGGAGGACGCGUGGAUGGGACCUGCUGGCUGGGGGCGGGGCUCGUCGUGGGGCUCGUUGUGGGGAUGAGAACACGGCCCGCUGGCAGCGGGGUGCGGCAGCCUGGUGGGCGGCGGACGAGGCCGGUCGGAGAGCAGCAUAG